ACUACAAAGUCGAUCGAAAUCCUUCAUUCUACCUUCUAAAACCCGCCGGAUUUACUAGCUCCCGCCACCCGAAUCCGAAAUUCAAUGGCGGAAGCGCCGGUUGAACCCCAACUGAGCGCCGAAUUGGAAUUGCUGGCCAUUCCCCCUAUGGAUCCGUUGUAUCUCUCCUCAGAUCUAGAGUUUCUUCUCGACGACAACCAUGAUUUCCAGCUUACCUUCGACGACUUAGACGAAUUGUACUUUCCGGACGUGAUCGUGCCCGAUUCUUCCGGAGCUACACCCGAAUCUUACGUGGAAGGGUACCUUAAUUCUUCCUCCCCGGAAUUUGAUAGUUGCUGCGGCCAGACCGGUAAUUCACACUCUCCUGUCUCGUCUUUAGGCUGAAAUUGCGGUUCGGCCGUUUCUGGGAACAUUAACGUUGCGUCGGCGGAUUCUGGAACCGAUGUCGAUCAAAAGAUUGAUGUUGAAGAAUUGGGUAAAAGGCGAACGUCUAAAAGGAGGAUGGUUCAUGAAGAAGCUGAUUCCGUCAAGUGUAGAAAAUCAUCGCUGCUGACUGUGAACAAUUCUAGCACCAGUUCUGAUAAUAAGUCAAAUUCUCUGAGCGAAGAGGAGGAGAAAAGGUGGGCGAGGCUCAUGAGGAACAGAGAGAGUGCGCAGCUAUCAAGGCAGCGGAAGAAGCAUUACGUGGAAGAGCUGGAAGAUAAGGUUAGGACAAUGCAUUCCACGAUUUCUGAUAUGAAUAAUAAGAUAGCUUAUUUUAUGGCGGAAAAUGCUACCUUGAGACAGCAAUUAAGUACCGGUGGUGGUGGUGCUGCUGGAAUGUGCCCUCCACAGCCAAUGCCUAUUCCAAUGUAUCCACCAAUGGCAUACCCUUGGAUGCCAUGUGCUCCGCAGUAUAUGAUGAAGACUCCAGGGUCUCAAGUGCCAUUGGUACCUAUCCCUAGGCUGAAACCACAGCAGCAAUCGAAACCGGCUUCUAAAUCUAAAAAGGGUGACAGCAAAACUAAGAAGGUUGCAAGUGUUAGUUUAUUAGGAAUGUUGUUUUUCGUGUUAUUAUUCAGUGGUUUGGUCCCAAUUUUGAACCUAAGAUAUGAAAAUAUACCUGUUGGGUCUGGUUUUGUUGGAGAUGGAUUUUACAAGGUGCAUGGUGGGAAAGUUUUGAGAGUUGAUAGUCAUUUAAAUGGGUCUAACUAUGGUAGGAAUUUUGACAUUAGCAAUAGAGUUAAUUGUAGAAGCUCAGAGCCCAGUGUUGAGAAAAAGAAACUGGUGCAAAACGCUAGUGAGCCUCUCACUGCUUCCUUGUAUGUACCGAGAAAUGAUAAGCUUGUGAAAAUUGAUGGCAACCUGAUAAUUCAUUCAGUUCUGGCCAGUGAGAAAGCUGUAGCUUCUCAUAAGGCUUCUGAAAUAAAGAAUAAAGAGACAGGUUUGGCCAUCCCUAAGAACUUCCCUCCAGCUCUUGCCAUUCCUGAUGCCAUAGAGCAUGGAGGAAAGCAUUCACGUGAAUACAGAAAUCAUGCAGAAAGACAUAUGGCUCUUUCUUCAGGUUCUGCUGAUGCUUUGAAGGACCAUUUCAAGUCGACUGCCGCCGAUGGUAAGAUGCAGCAGUGGUUCCGGGAAGGAGUGGCAGGACCAAUGUUGAGUUCGGGCAUGUGCACAGAAGUGUUCCAGUUUGACAUCUCUGCUCCAGGAGCUAUCGUUCCAGCUUCCUCCGUUACCAAUGAAUCUUCCAAACAACGUCAAAAUACUACCAUGCAUAACAAGGGAAGAAACAGAAGGAUUCUCCAUGGUCAUCCUGUUCCUCUCUCUAGUUCUGAUCUGAACAUAACCCAGCAGCAUGCUAGCAGAAAUUCCGGAAAGCAAAAUUUUCAAGGUAACAAAACUGCUUCUUCUAUGGUAGUAUCCGUGCUUAUUGAUCCCAGAGAGGCCAGUGAUGGGGAUAUGGAUGACGUGAUUGUACCGAAAUCUCUUUCUCGGAUCUUUAUUGUUGUGCUUUUAGACAGUGUCAAGUAUGUUACGUAUUCUUGUGGACUUCCACGAUCUGGUCCGCAUCUCGUGACUGCUUAAGGGACAAAAGAAGGGUUGCUACUUCGGCUUCUAGUUUAUAUACUUAUAUACAGACACAAUAACAGAGUAACUAUUAGGCGGUAGCGGCUAGUAACUACUUCUAUAGCAUUUUAACCUCUCUUUGUAGUCUGGAUCUGUUUUCUAAAAUAUCUUUAGCUUUUUGGCUUUCUUGCACACGUUGCCAAUUUGAUUAUGUUUGCAAUA